GCAUCUUCCAAAUGCCGUGGCAGCGAGUUGUGUCCGGCACCGAAAACCUGGCGGCCUCCCACGAAGCUCUUGCAGCCAAGAUCGAGACAGAUGUUGAAAAUCCUCUGAGGAAUUUCGUGACUCGAAAUCGAGAGAUGCAGUCAUUGGCUACCACUCAAGGCAACCUGAUCUCGCUUGCGAAAGACUUGAGCAAUGCGCAGAAGAAGGCUGCGAAGGGCGGUCGGAGAGCCGAUACUGCGAGCACAGACGUUGAAGAGGCGUCGCGACAGUGGGAGUCUCAAGCACCUUUUGUGUUCGAGCAGCUUCAGGCCGCCGACGAGACAAGACUGAACCACCUAAGAGACGUCCUUACCCAAUUCCAGACACACGAAGUGGAUGCAAUUGAAAAGAACAGGCUCAGCGCAGAAUCUAUCCUGAAUGCGCUCUUGAAUGUUGAAACAGCCGACGAAAUCAAAACCUUUGCCGCAAGACAUGCUGGGGGACGUGGUAGCCUCGCAAGAAGGGCCAGUUCUACGACCGGCAGUGCAAGGCCUCCGAGCUCCCAAAACCGCGCACCCCCCACGCCACCGCCGCCUCGACACGCAGAUACGUACAGUCAACGUACGAAUUCUUUUGCCGGUCAAGAUAGACUAACUCCUUUGCCUGAAUCUACUCCAACCAAAGAAAAGAGUAAACUUGGCGGACUCAAGCGACUUGGUACUGUGAUGGGUAGGAGAAAAAGUACCGUACCCUCAACGCCGUCUUCCACAGCCGAGAAGAGGAAAACACGUUCUUUCGUUCCAUUUAGAAGAGGAGACUCCUCCCAAAGUUUCCAGGACCUGGAAGAGACGGGACAAGAUUUGACACCUAGUACUACCCAGGAUGAACGACCGACAAGUUCAGUAUCGCAUGACAGACUGAAUGAUUUGCCAUCAGCCAGGCAGCCGGAACACCACACUGGGCUCACCAAUGGUGCAGCGACGUCGCAAACACCGCUAGAAUUGAGCGCAGGGGAAGUACCCUCGCAACCUACUCUCAUGGACACAGUCAGCACUCCACAAACUCAACCCCAGCCUGCCGAGAGAUUCGAACCUCCACCGUCAGCUCCUGGUGCUUUCCCAGAUUCCCACCAAGAGGCUCCAGCUUCACCACUCGUCAAUGAAGAGUCCGCACGCAACUUUAUGAUUAGAGAUCAGCCAAUCCAGGAAGAUGAAAGCGAGGCACAGCAAGCAUUGAACACCAUGGCCAACCAGUUAAGGACACAAGCGCAGACUUCGGGUCUCAACCGUGGAUCAGGCACUGUUCGAGGAAGACGAGAUGUACGAAACACCAUGUAUGUCCCAAGCAGCGGGGAGCCAUCUGCACCAACCCAGUCCGUGUCGCGCGCCUUCCCACCUGUGAUGACGCCUCCAGCAACAAGUCCUCUCGAAAACAUUGUAGCGUCUCCGAUACCCAGACUAGCGGCAGCCGCAACACUCCAAGAUGAGCACGGUGUCGGCUCAGACACCACAUCCAUCCAUUCUUCUCGAAGUCUGGCGUUCACAAGUCUGCACAGCGACCUCCACGAGGCAGGUCUGAACGCUUCCAUCGUGGAGACCGUUCAAUCAUGGUUCACAGAAUCCGGCAUCAGCAAGUCUCUUGUCCUAGGCGAAGUCGCCUUUGCGUACAACCCAAGUGGUUUUGCUGAAUCAGACCACGAAACUAUCCGCAUGCAGAAGUUCGAGCUGCUGGACAAGGUCGCUGUGAACCCUAUUUUCCUGACACAAGUAAAGUCCAGUGGAGGUACUCUUGCAGAAGAACAAGCAGGCUCUUACACCGUGUCAACCUCCGCUAUUCGCAGGCCAUCGCCCUUGAUCGGCCUGAAGUACCAACUGCACAUGGACGAGAACAACCUUGGACGAUACAGUCCCGUGCUCAUCACGCCAGCAUGGCAAAUCAUCGAAGGCCAAGUCAGCGUCAUCAUCUUAUACAGUCUCAACCCCCUCUUCCAAUCUGGAGCCGAGGCCUUGAAUCUUAAGAAUGUCCAAAUCACCGUCAACCUGGAUACCUCGGGCGAAGGAGCCGGCAAAGCCGUCUCGGCAAUGAUGGCACCAACUCAGGGCGCGACCUUCCGCAGGAAGACAUCCGCCGUGGUCUGGCGGUACAAUGAUCUCAGCGUGAAGCCGCAGCAGGAACGAUUGCUGGUGCGCUUUAUGACCGAGGGCGGCAUGCCAAAGAAGGGCACUGUCGAAUUGAAGUUUGAUAUCCCAGGCGCGACGGCCAGUGGUGUCGGCGUUGAGAAGAUGGUUACUUCGGCUGGCGGCACCGACUCGGAUCCGUUCGCUGAUGAUACUGGGGACAAUCUUAGUAGUGCGAGGGAGAGUGCCGAGGAGAAAAUGUUCGAGGUCGUUCCUACGAAGGCGAAGCUGAUCAGUGGACGAUACAGCGCUUCUUAAUCACGCAAUCCCAUGCAGUGUGAAAGCUCGAUUGGAUAAUUGUCCUGAGUGUGCCAGCUGCUGUGAAUAGGCAUAGCGAUGCUGCUUUGGAUGCGACGAAAAGGAUGUCAGAACGAAAAGAGCUGGACGUGCCUCGUCAGACCGAGUUGAUAGUCCACGACAUAGAAUGCUGCACGCAAGAGUACCUUAAUUGAU